AUGAAGUUCACAACGUUCCUCGCGUCUCUCGCCCUUAUGGCCGCCCUCGCCAACGCGCAGAGGGCCGAGACCACUGCCGACGCCCUUCGACACAUUUAUUACAGAUGCAUAGACAACGAGUCCAUGUUGUCCUGCGCGAAGCCCAAAGUCCUGGCCUACCUUAGCCAAGCGGCGAAACAAGACAGGCUUGCCAUCACGGAAGACUUGGCGCUGGUAAAGUCCAGAGACAUGCCCGAGGAAAACAGCGAGGAUUACUACCCCGCUCAAUACGACUCCGUGGACCCUGCAAGGAAGGAGCUCUUGAGGUCCUUGAUGUUGGAGAAACUGGACGCGUAUCUGUCGAGCCACCAGCUGGAGGCUAAGUUGCCGGAAGCCAUCGUUGGGUCCAAUAUCGUGCCAAGAUCCCUGGUGGACAGUAUGCCAAGAAGCUUGACGGUACCUCUUUCCGACUCCUCGAGCAACGGUCAAGGUCGUGGAUUCGUCAAGAAGGUGAUGAUACCAUUCCUGUUGGGCCUGAAGUUCAAGGCCACAGCUUUGGUCCCGCUAGCCCUUGCCCUGAUCGCCCUGAAAACGUGGAAAGCUCUCACCUUGGGCCUCCUCUCGUUGGUGCUAAGCGGUGCGAUGAUGAUCUUCAAGCUGACGAAACCCAAGGUCGCCUACGAGGUAGUGCAUUACGGACACCCACCUGUCGAACAUCCACCUCACUGGGAGACCUCGGCCCACGGACCCUACAGGGCGUACAGGAAAUAG